GUAGCCUGUCUAAACAAUAUGGAUGCCAAUUGUUGAUCUCUUCUCUGAGACACGUACAACCCACAACUACAGUAGCCUUUGACACCCUGGUUCUAAGUCUUCUUCAGUCACUGACAGACUGCUGUUAUAAAGCAGUUCAUGCAUGGAACACUUGGUAAGGCUGAAGGCGGAGCCGGAAGUAAAGUUCUACUGACUAAGCAGAAGCAUAAGUCGACACUUCCUCUUUCAAAUGUGCAUCAUAACUUCCUGAAGGGAGGCAGCCGGUCUUAUUGUAGGAAGUUGAGGAAGUUGGACGCUUUUUCAAGAGUGAUUUCCAGCUGGAUUUAACCUGCUAAUCUUAUGUUGGCGACUGCUGGAUGAUUUAUCCUUUUAUACAACAAGCAGUGAGCGCUCUUUGACUGCCAGGUACACGCACUGCAGCAAUUGCUUCUCCAAGGAAGCCGUGUCUUCGAGGGAAACAUGGCUUCCUCUGAGGAUCUCACAUGUCCUGCCUGCUGCUGCAUCUUUGAAGAUCCUGUCAUGCUGCCUUGCAGCCACAGCUUCUGUCGCUCGUGUGUGGAGAAAUGGUGGAAUGGGAAAGAUGUCCGUUCAUGUCCAGUCUGUAGGGUGGAGUACAGAUCCGUGGCUGUACCUUCAAACUUGGCUCUGAGGAACGUGUGUGAAGCUUUUAUUAUGGAGACAGAGGCCAAGUGCAGGUUGCACGAUGAGAAACUGAAACUCUUCUGCUUGGAUCAUCAGCAGCCUGUGUGCCUCGUUUGCAAAGACGCAAAAAUCCACGCUAACCACAAGUUCUCUCCUAUCGGUGAAGUUGCAAAGGAUCAAAGAGAGGAUCUCCAGAAAGACCUGCAGGCCGCGCAUGUAAGGCUGAAAGAGUUAAGUUGGCGUAAAGACACCUUCAGUAAACAAGCAGAGCACCUCAAGCGUCAGAGGUGCCAGGCUGAGAGUGACAUUAAGAAGACAUUUAAGCAGCUCCAAGAUGUUCUGCAGACUGAGGAGGAGGCGAGGUUGUCUGCUGUGAGAGCGGAAGAGCAGCAGAAGAGUCAGAUUACGAAAGAGAAGAUCGAGGAACUCAGCAGAGACAUGAAAGCUCUCUCAGACGUGAUCAACAGCACAGAGAAGCAGCUGACAGCUGACAACAUUUCCUUCAUGAACAACUACAAGAACGUGAAGACCAGAGUCCAGCAGCUGUCUGAGGAGUCCAAGCUGCGCCCAGGACCUCUGCUGGACAUGGACAAACAUCUGGACAAGCUCACGUUCACCGUGUGGGAAAAAAUGAACAAGCUACUCUUCCACAGUCCAAACCUACUACUCAACAUCAAUCCAGCACUCAAUCAGAAGAUAACCAGAGGAGAACAUCAUCUGGAUUCCCAAGAGUUUGAUCAGUUGUUUGCUGGUAUGCCUGCCAGUUUGGAAGUUAAACACGUCUGGAAUAUUGAGGUCCUAAACAAGGACUGGGAAGUGGGGGUGCUGAUUAAAGAGUUUCCUAAAGCAUUUAAAUAUGGCAUUAGAUUUCGAUAUGGUAAAUACCAACGGUUUAAUCCACAAGGUGGAUUAUUGGGUUUGUACGUCAAGGAGAAACUGCAGAGGAUCAGAUUUUGUCUAGACGCGGACAAAGGAAGACUUUCAGUCCAUGAUCAUCUUACCAACAAUGAAGUAGACACAUAUGACAUUCCUGAUGACUGGAUGGAUUUCAGCAAGAAACAACUGUACCCGUACUGCAGCACAAAUGAUCACACCCCUCUGAAAAUGCUGCCAAUAUAACAUUUUUAAAAAGCCAAUAUGGAAACACUGUGAAACAGACAAUGGCCGUCCGUGAUGGUUUGAUAUUUCCUUCGUUCCGAGAGAUGCUCUUGUAUAUGUCUUCAUUCUUUAUGUUCAAA